AUAUUCAUGUAUAAUUGUACAUAUACUGUACGGCGUGCAUAUCAAACUGAUAAAAUCGCUGAUCUGUCAUACAACAUGUACUUUGAUUUUGAUUACAAAGCUACUUAUUGAAGAAUAGGAUAAAUAAAUUAACCACGUUUAAAAAACUAAUAUAUAUACGUGAACAUAACUUAUUGAACAUAAUGUCUGCCAAUGAUUAUGAAUCGAUGAUUCAAUGGCAUCCGGAAAUGAUAUUAAUUUCUGAGUCACCAAUCAUUUGGCAGGGAUUUUUGACAGUAUUCUGCCGAUCUAAUUUCGGUCGUAAUGUUCGAAUCAAAUUGAAACUGACUGUACCAAAUUAUCCAUCCUUACAUGAUGCAAAAAUUAAUUUCGGAAAAGAAAUUGCACUCAUAAGCAACUACAUUAAUUUCAGUAAUCAAGUAAAGGAUCUAAUGUCAAAUGCAAGAAAAGUUUCAUUGUUUUUGAGACAUUUACAAUCACUUAUAAGUAAUUACAUUGAUGUUUCUUACAUUGAAGAUAACAUAUAUAAUGUCACGGAUAGCAAUGCAUUAGACAUAUUGCAAGAGUUGAAAUUUGUUCUCGAGAUUCCAUCUGAGGUCCAAUUAUUAUCUGACAAUUCUUUGAAUACGUUUAAGUUAUCUUUGAACAAUGUUUCACUGCAAUUACAAAGGACAAAGUGCAGUCUUCGUCCAUGGAUUGUUAUUCAGUCUGACUUGCCUGAAAUUCCUGGAUUUUGCCCUUUCGAAAAGAAUGUGUUAACGUUGAAUGUAGCACGUAACAAGUUCAAAUUACAAGUGGAAAUGCUUGAAACCACUUGGUCAAAUCUACAACAAAUUGAUAAGCAUUGUUGGGUACAAGAUCCAUUGCAACCAAAACCUUGUCAUCUUCACCGCCGAAUAUUUUUAACACCAUCAUUAUCGAUGCUUAUAAAAAUAAAUCCCUUGAAUCCUAUGGAUUUUCCUGAAAUUAGAUUCAUGGGCAGUAAGACAGAAGUUGAGCUACAAAAUAAUUUAGUGUCUAAGAAUGUUCACAAUUGGAAUGCAACAGAUAGUAUUAUAGACAAUUUAUUGAUGUUAUUAAAUGUAACAGUAUUUCCUAAAGUAGAAGUAAAGGAGUGCGUAGAAGAUGAAGAUGCUAUUGUUGCUGAUCAAGAAUGUUGCAUUUGUUACUCUAUGGUAUUAGACAAUGAAGUGCUACCUAGUAAAGUCUGCAGUAAUGAAAAGUGUAGAAGACACUUUCACACAUCUUGUUUAUUGCAAUGGCUGCAAGCUGUUCCUGGUAAUCAUAUUAUAUUUGACCAUAUUCAUGGUAGUUGUCCUCACUGUGAAGAAAGUAUAUCGUGUUGUAUUAAAUAAAUUUUUCAAUCAAAUAUCAUUACCUGAAGUCAAUUACACGAUAUUUUUGUUUGAUAGUUUAUUAUUUAAAUACGUGUAUACAAUUACAAUUCGUAUUUCUCGCCCAUUGUUCAACAGAAUUAUUGAAUUCUUGAGAACCACAUAUUAGAACUAAUUUUGUACUAUUUACAUCCUCUUUAAUAAUUUGAUAAACUGAUUCUUCAUUUAAGCGGCCAGAUUUUAGGUCUAUACCAUGAAGAUUACGAACUUCAUCUGUAGUAUAAACAACAAAUAUGUUUUUAAUUAAAAAUAUUAUAUUAUAAUAUCUAUUGUUAUAUUGACCUUAAAUUUUAAUCUUCUUUACAACUGUAUUUAUUAAGUAAUUAAAAGAUAUAAUGUAAUUUAUAUUUUAACAUA